UCCAACCUAUUUACAACAAGGGCAACUGCUGUCCUCUCUUCCAAGCCAACUGCUCUUCCACAGGCUGACCAUUAGCCGACAGAGGAUUUUUUUUACAGCCUGGAAAAAAGAAAAAGAAGGAGGGAGGGGGGGACAGAGAUUUUUUUUCCCUAUGUUGGAGGGGAGUUGAAUUUGUCCUGUAUGUGGUAAGUCUCGGUUACUGUUAACUGUGCGCAACUGGAGAUUUAGACGCAGGAUCCCGUGCGCUCUUGGACAUACCCAGGACUAUGGACAUAACUGAAUCUGGUUUGUCAAUCGAGUGAUGGAUGUUGGUGCCUUAUUCUCUGCACAAGAUAAAGUCCUGGGGCUCCUCGGCCAGCAGCUCUCCCGUUGCCAUCUACUUUAUCUACACUCUCUCAUCCUUCCAGUAUGUUUCUUUCCAUGAGGCGUUUGCUCAUUCCGACAGCCUCAGUACAAUGUGGAAAUGGAUACUGACACAUAGUGCCCCAGGCUUCUCCCACUUGCCCCGCUCUUUGCUGCUCUUCUUUCUCGUCGCCUCCAUUUCUGUCACCUGCAAUGAGGCCAGGGCCAGGGACUGGCUGCGCUCCGCGGAGGCGUCCUCCAACUCUUCGUCCGGUCGGCACGUGCGGAGCUAUAACCACCUCCAGGGAGACGUGCGGAGCAGGAAACUCUUCUCUUACACUAAGUACUUUCUCCAGAUCGAUGGCAACGGCACAGUCAGCGGCACCAAGAGGGAGAAUUGCCCUUACAGUAUACUGGAGAUAACAUCUGUGGACGUGGGGGUUGUGGCAGUGAAAGCCAUUAACAGCAAUUAUUACUUAGCCAUGAAUAGGAGAGGAAAGAUCUACGGUUCGAAAGUAUUCAAUAUUGAUUGCAAGCUGAAAGAGAGAAUAGAGGAGAAUGGCUACAACACCUAUGCAUCACAUAACUGGAAGAACAACGAGAGACAAAUGUUUGUGGCCUUAAAUGGUAAAGGGGUUCCAAAGAGAGGACCAAAAACAAGACGGAAAAAUACUUCGGCUCAUUUUCUUCCAAUUGUUGUAUAACCUCAAAUGAAGGAAUUGACACAUUUCUGUAUUAAAUAAGUACUUUCUUCAUCCAUAAUGUGUACUCACCUCCUUAUUUCAUUCUAAUGGGGAGGUCCAAGAUGGAUAAUGUACGCACAUUUGGAUUUUAGAAGGACACUUUUUUUAUUGACUUUGUGGUGACUGUGGCCAGAUUGAGAAGGAAAGCAGCCAGUACCUGUGUCACAUAGAAUUAUAUUUGUACAGUCCGAUUUUAAGGAUAAAAGACAAUCAAAUUAUCUACUGGGAAAGUUAUUUAUGGAUUACUUUAUUCAAAUCAAAGACUUUCAUCGCUCAUUCACUUCCAACGAU